AUGACGGCGUGCAAGGCGGGCGAGCGCGGCCAGCGCUGGCGCCGGCUGAGCUCGGGCCAGCUGCAGCACGCCGCCACCAAGCUGUGCCUGCGCGCGCCAAGGGACAUCGGCGACGUCAGGGCCGACCCCUGUCUCACCGGGCCCGGACACACCGACCAGAUCUGGACCAUCGACUAUACCGAGGAUAACAACUUCCAUGCCAACGAGCUCAGGUUCGGCGUGGAGAGGGAGCAGCGACUGAACAGACUGCGCGGGCAGAGACGUAUCUCCCGGUCACUAUUGUCCUACUCGGAUACGAACUCCAACCUAUUGGACGACACGCGAGCAGAGGACGAAGGGAACGCCACCAUUAGACGACAUUCACACAAGAGCAAGCACCACAAGCAUCACGGACGCAAGCGAAGCCGCGGCAAGAAGCGAACGAAGAACAAGUUCAUACUGAAGAUAAUGAGGACCUUGAUGAACGGCACCGAGGAACAUCUGGAGGUGGACAUCCACUGCAAGCAUCGACAACUGUUCCCCAACAAUACAUUCGUCCGGGACCUCGUCACCAUACUCAAUGAGAAGAAUGUCAAGGUGAUAAACAACGGCCGCGUGUUCGAGCGCAACAAGGUGACGGAGCUAGAGCAACAGUCGCAUAAAGUAUUGAACAAGUUGGACAUCGACCCCUCUCCCGCCGCGGCCCCCGCCCCCAUGCAGCCCCCUCCCCCCCGACACCAGCUCGCGCCGCGAGGGAACGGCCUGGCGCAGAUGAGGGAAGGGGUUAAGCAACGAGUUAAGAAAAACAAAUCAAACCCUUCCGUACAGUCAGUGAUCAGACAGGAGCCCGCCAGCGACGCACUGUCACAGCUGGGGAGCAUGACCCCCGUGGCGGGGCCCCCGCGUAUAGAUAUCCCCCCGCGACAGACCUCCCACGGGAGGCCGCGGGACGGGGACAAGAAAAUCAUCAUCGAGGACUUCGUCGAGGUGAAGCGACUCUCACCCACCCCCCCGCACCUACCACCACAUGGGGGGAAGGAAGGACAUCCACAGCGCCCUCGUAAACGUAAACGCAAGCGUAACCGCACCGCGACUGCGCUCCCUCCCCCUUCUCCCCCAUCCUCUGCACCCUCGUCUCCCCCUAUUCCUCCCGCCGUCGUUCCCUUGUCCUCUCCUCAUGAAUUACUUCGCGAGCGACUGGACGACUCUACCUCCGACGAACACUCCUCUGGAGACAAGGAGGACUCCAUGGAGGACAAGACACUACAGAAGGAUAGCAUGGACCGAUCCAGUGGACUGGAGGACUGGCCUAUCGGUGAGUCUCGGUUCCGCCGCAACAACUCCCGCCCCCAGCGCCGCAACGACAUCGAGUCGCAGUCCAGCGAGCGCGCCGCGCGCCUCGAGCCGCGCCCCGCGCCCCGCGCGCCCCCGCCGCGCCCCGCGGCCCGCGCGGCCCGCCCCCGCGCCCCGCAGCCCCACGUGCAGGGCCCGCUGGGUGACCACGACACCGAGACUCGCAAGGACACCGACCUGGAGUACACGCGGGACGAGCCGCUGGACCAGUCCGCGGCGCCGGUGAAGGUGGUGAUGCGAAGUAACCUCACCUUCAACCUCGGAGACGAGUUCUUCGCCUGGAAGAACGGCGCCACCGACGACCUCGUGAGUGAGUUCCUCGGCGAGCUCACCAUCCCUUCCAACACCACCAGUAGCGAGACGUCCACAGUCCGCACUGAGCGCCCCACUAGUGGACAACACUCCGACUCCUCCUCCGACAGCAGCGGCGGCGACUGA